CUUCUCUACAUCGAAGAAUCCAAAACGUUCCUCGCCAUGGCCGAGAAGCAAAAGAGUUCCAAUGAUGUGGAUGCGCGGGGUCUGGUGUUGAGGAGAGGCCAUCUUCAGAACCAAGCUGUUCAGGGAUUAUUAUUAUGGGACCUUGUCCCCUGUAUGACCGGGACCAGCGAGUCAUGUUCCUGUUCUUCACCUGGAAGUGGGCCACGCACGCAGUGGGGCAGGGGCAUGGCUUACAGAUGGCCUGUGGCCGCUUGGUGGUACGCUGUUAGGUACGCUUACCUAAUUCAACAAAGCCAUUGCAUGGGCAAAUCGACCUACACUCACCCCCACUCCCUCUACCUGUACAGUGAAGACCAUGGGCAGACCUGGCUGGUGAGCGAGCUGGUCAGCGAGCUCCAAACACUGGAGUGCGAGGCUGCCGAGAUCACCAGGCCUGACGCCAGCCCCCAGCUGUACCUCAACACUCGCAUCAAGAAACAGGGGCUGAGGGCCGAGGUGGUCAGCCUGGAGCCAGGCAGUUUACACAAACCCACUCUGGCCCAAGAGCUGGUGGAGACGGGUUAUAAUGGCUGUCAAGGCAGCGUGGUUAGUUUCCCCGGCCCCAGCCCGAGCCCCACACAUAGCAACAACCAACCAUUCUGGCUGGUGUUCACACACCCCACCGACAAGAAAGACCGAGUGGACCUGGGCAUGUAUGUGAACCUGUUGUCUCACCCCACCCCAGGCUGGAGCAAACCCUGGCUUAUUAACCGCGGCCCAUCCGCUUACUCUGACCUGGCGUACGUGGCCACCUGUAGGGCUGACGACAUGGGGGCGUUUGGGUGCCUGUUCAAACGCGGUGACUCCAAUUACGAGCAGAUUGUCUUUUGUCUCUUCACAGUGCGGGAGUUGAUGGAACACGUGUGCAUCAGCGACUCCGGUCCCUGACUCACUCACUCGCUCGACAAGAACAGCAGCAACAACAUCGCCUUCAGACAAUCACACACACUUUCUCGUUUCAAGACUGAGGCGGAUCGAUAAUAAGAUAAUGUAUAAAAUAAUCCUUGCAUUUGAUAUAGCGCCUUAUCACGUUUUC